AUGGUCAAAACCUGCUCGACUUCUCAUGGAUUGCGGAAAUCCCAUCUCAAGGUCACAAACUCCAUCGCCUACACCAUGAGAGCCUGGUCGCGAAUACAAUUGUCAUUAAGCAACAAGGCCGUUCCACCUGUUGCGACCGAAGCCACACGAACAAAUCAAGCCCUCUCCCUUCGCGACGGUCGCAUUCUCGGAUUCGCCGAGUAUGGCGCUCCUACUGGGUUCCCCGUGCUCUACUUUCAUGGCUUCCCUUCAUCGCGUCUUGAAGGAAGUGGAGUGGAGGGCAACGCGCGACGGCGGGGCCUUCGCAUCAUCUCCCUGGAUCGACCGGGGUACGGUCUAUCAACGUUUAGACAAAAUCAGCGGAUCACAGAUUGGCCCGGGGAUGUGAAAUCACUCGCUGAUCAUCUCCGGCUUCCUCGUUUCGCAGUAUUAGGAGGAUCGGGUGGUUCGCCGUAUGCACUCGCCUGUGCUCAUGCGCUCCCACACGACAGACUAUCCGCAGUUGGAAUUCUCGCAGGCGCAGCGCCGUGGGAUGCUGGGCUCCAGCACGUAUCAACCCCACGAAGGCUCCUGUCAUGGGCUGCGACAUCAUCACCGACUGCUCUGGGAAGCGUGUUUAACGGCAUAAUCGGUGUCUCCCGAUGGGCCGCAAACACCUCACCCGUCACACGCUGGAUAGACAAUUGGCUUGAGAAACAGGAAAGCCCGGAGAACAGUGAUCUAUCAACCAAGCAGCGACGCGAACAGGUCCUAGCAAUGGCGUUUGAAGCUUUUGCACAGGGAUCCGCGGCAACUGUGCAGGAGGCGUCUCUACUCUCGCACGACUGGGGAUUUCGGUUAGAGGAUGUGAGCUACGAUAAGAUCCAGAUCUGGCACGGUGAAAAGGAUGCGAAUGUGCCCAUUGAGAUGAUUCGCAAUAUGGCUGAGCGGCUUCCUCAUGCAGACCUGCGUGUGUAUGAGGGCGAGACGCACUAUACCUUGAGUCGACACAUUGAUGAGAUCUUCGCCGAGUUGGUCCCGGAUUCUUUGAUACAGCGACACAUGAGAGAAAACCGAUGA